AUGAGGAAAGUGAAUUCGAUAAAGGAGACCAUGAGUAACAUGGUCCACUUAAUGCAAGUGAGGAGGAGAGGACUACCCUCCUCCCCCUCUGCAUCAUCAUCAUUAUCAUCACCAUUAUGGAUGUCACUAUUAUCAGAAACAUCACCAUCGCCAUCGCUAGUAUCAGGAACACUAUCAUCUUCUGUAUCACUACUAUCACAUUUGACAAGGAAGCAAAAGUUCUGCCACAUUUUGAACAGAAGGAACUUUACGGGAAAUGCAUUCGCAUCAGAUGGGAGGAAUAAUAAGAAGGAGUUUUCCAAUAAUUGCAAUAUCGUUUUUCUGCUGGCCCUAUUUUGCACCCCAAGUUUGGUUCAGGGAAAAAGGAAUAAUAAGAACAAGAAAAAUAUCGCUAGCUGUGCUAGUUUAGAAAAGGUAUAUCUAACAAAAAAAGAAGAAAUAAAAGAUGGAGAAAUGAAAGAAAUAAAAGUUCGUGGUGAAAAAGAUACAGUAUUAUUGGUACAUGUGAAUGAUAAAUAUUAUUGCUUAGGUCCUAAAUGUCCACAUUACAGUGCACCAUUGAGGACAGGAAUUUUGACAAAAGAAUAUGUUACAUGUCCAUGGCAUGAUGCAAAAUUUGAUUUAAAAACAGGUGAAUGUAUUAAUGGUCCCUCUUUUGAUGAUAUCCCAAAAUAUGAAGUAACAGUGGAAGGAAAUGAUAUAUAUGCAUAUUUACCAGAAAAAGUGGAACUUUUUGAAAAAAAAAAAAUAUGUCCAUGUUCAGGUAAAUGUGAAAAAAAAACAAUUUUAAUAGUAGGUGGUGGUGCAGCAACAUUAGGAGCAUUGGAAGAAUUUCUAAAAUUAGGAUACAGUGGUAAAUUAGUUAUAUGUAGUAAGGACGAGUAUAAACCAUAUGACAGACCAACAUUAUCGAAAAGCAUUUCAAUGUACGAGUCAGGAGAAGAGUUAUUUAAUAGCAUAAAAUUGAAAGAUAACAGUUAUUAUGAAAGGGAAAAUAUCACAUAUAUGCACAAUGUGUCGGUUGAAAAAGUGGAUUCUGAAAAUAAAAAGGCGUACCUUAGCAAUGGGGACACAAUUCAGUAUGACCAAAUUUUAGUUGCCUCUGGGGUUAGGCCAUCCGAAUCUGCACUUGCACGUGGGGAUAGCGGUGUGAGUGGUGAAUCUUCGAUGGGUGCUGAAAAUUUACUAACACUGCACAAUUUGAAAGACAAUGUAAAGAUAGCUUCGUACGCAAAGGAAGGAAGUAGAUGUGUAAUCAUAGGUUCUUCAUUCAUUGCAUGUGAAUUAUCAGCAGCGUUGAAAAAGCGAAAUGUAAAUAUAACAAUGAUUUCGAAAGACUCUCUUCCUUUUUACAAUGUAUUUGGUGAAAAAAUUGGUUCAGUUGUUCUUGACAUUUUGAAAGAAAAGAAUGUGACAUUUUAUGGAAAUGUAUACCCAGUGGAGUAUAUAAUGGAUAGAAGUGGCUUUUUCAAAAAAUCCAAAUCUAUACAUGGUGUUCGAUUAAGUAAUGGUGAAGUGAUUAGUUGUGAUUAUGUAGUGGAAGCAUUAGGUUGUUUCCCCAACUCAGAAUUUUUGGAUGAUACAUUUAAGAAUGAGAAGAAGCAGAUCAUCGUUGAUAAGCACUUCAAAGUGAAGGGUUCAUCAGACAUAUUUGCAGCAGGAGAUGUCUGUGCUUUUCCUUACUUUUCCUCCACUGGUGAAUUGGUUAAUAUAUGUCAUUGGAAUGUAGCGAUACAACAGGGAAGAAUAGCUGCACAUAACAUGCUGAAUAAUAACAAUAAUGAAGAAGGAAAGGAAAAAAAACAGGAAUUCACUUUUCUUCCCUUUUUUAACACCAACAUUUUUGGAAAAAAUUUUAGAUACUCGGGUUAUGUUAAAGAUUAUAAAAAAGUUAUAUUUGAAGGAGAUUUAAAGAAACAUAACUUCAUUGCAUACUUUGUAAAAGAUGAAAAAGUUGCAUCCAUUUUGACCUUGGGCAACGGGAAGAUGGCUGCUUUGAACGAGUGCCUUUCAAAGGGAAAGGUCCCUCGGCCCUAUGAGCUCGAGGCGGGGCUCAAGAACAGUGACAGCAUGAUCUCCACCCUCAGCUGA